GGUGCCCUGAGAGGGCGACUCCGGGUUGGCCCACCCGCCGGGUGCGUGCUGGAGGGAGGAAGGGAACUGAAGGCCUACCCUUCCCGUCCUUCUAGCCCCCGUCCGCUAAGUAUGGUGGGCGGCACACGGUGACCAUGAUCCCAGGGGACGGCAUCGGGCCAGAGCUCAUGUUGCACGUCAAGUCUGUGUUCAGGCACGCGUGUGUGCCUGUGGACUUUGAAGAGGUGCACGUGAGCUCCAACGCCGAUGAGGAGGACAUCCGAAACGCCAUCAUGGCCAUCCGGCGGAACCGCGUGGCUCUGAAGGGCAAUAUUGAAACAAACCACAACCUACCACCAUCGCACAAAUCCCGAAACAACAUCCUUCGCACCAGCCUGGACCUCUACGCCAACGUCAUCCACUGUAAGAGCCUCCCGGGAGUGGUGACGCGGUACAGGGACAUAGAUAUCCUCAUCGUGCGGGAAAACACGGAGGGCGAGUACAGCAGCCUGGAGCACGAGAGUGUGGCAGGAGUGGUGGAGAGCCUCAAGAUCAUCACCAAGGCCAAGUCCUUGCGCAUCGCCGAGUAUGCCUUCAAACUGGCCCAGGAGAGUGGGCGCAAGAAAGUGACGGCUGUACACAAAGCCAACAUCAUGAAGCUGGGCGAUGGGCUCUUCCUCCAGUGCUGCAAGGAGGUGGCAGCCCGUUACCCCGAAAUCACGUUUGAGAGUAUGAUCGUGGACAACACCACCAUGCAGCUGGUGUCCCGGCCCCAGCAGUUCGAUGUCAUGGUGAUGCCCAAUCUCUAUGGCAACAUCGUCAACAACGUCUGUGCGGGGCUGGUUGGGGGCCCCGGGCUCGUAGCUGGGGCCAACUACGGCCACGUGUACGCCGUGUUUGAGACGGCUACAAGGAACACGGGCAAGAGUAUCGCCAAUAAGAACAUCGCCAACCCCACGGCUACGCUGCUGGCAAGUUGCAUGAUGCUCGACCACCUCAAGCUCCACUCCUACGCCACCUCCAUCCGCAAGGCUGUCUUGGCCUCCAUGGACAAUGAAAACAUGCACACCCCGGACAUCGGGGGCCAGGGCACCACGUCCGAAGCCAUCCAGGACAUCAUCCGCCACAUCCGCGUCAUCAACGGCCGGGCUGUGGAGGCCUAGGCCGUCCCUGGGGUGGUCUCAGCCCGCCCCUCCGCUCCCCUUCACACCCCCAGCACCCUCGUCGACUUGGUGGGCGGGCCCAAAAUAAACCCACUUCUGCCC